AAAGUGUUCUGCUAGCCCGAAUAAUGUUUUGGCAAUGCGACAAGGCGCAGUAUUCGUUUUGUUGUGCUUGAGAGAGCACAGUGGUAAAAGCGAGAACGAUGCGGGUAUACUAUGAAGAUUCAUAUCGCUAUGGUCAUCAUCAUCACCAUCAUCGCCCAAAUAUCGAGAUUGAUGUUUUCUCCGGCUAUGGUGGGUCAUAUUAUCCGCCGGCGAUUGCUCGGCCCGAAGUCGUCGUCGUGAAUCAACCGGUCAAUUAUAUGCCGCUGCCUGGUGGACAAAUGAUGAUGCCACAACCUCAAACUCAACCUCAACCAUAUGGUGCAAUGGGCAUGGCCAACUCAACGGGUUACUAUCAACAGCAACAGGGCUAUCAGUAUCAACAAUAUCAGCAUAUUAACAAUCCACCCUAUCCACGUUGGUAGACAAAGCACGGAUAUCGUAAUAACAAAUGACGAAAUCAAGUGAUCGAGUGUCUAUCACUUAAUGAAAUUUAUUUAGUAUUUCUGUAUAAAAAAAGUAAAUAAAGUCAUAUUUAAGUUGCAAGACAAACAAA